GUGGGAGCUCCAGUUCUUCUCCAGUGACCUCCAGCGGUGGGACACCCUCUCCUCUCAACCCCCUGCUCUCUCCAUCGUGCUCACCUCCUACGUUUCACUUGUCAGCCAGCAACAUCGGCGUGUCGUGCCCCGAGACCUACCUACACAACCUCAACCUGCCCCUCUACUACAAGAUCUGUCCUACGAGCUUCUUAAGACAACAGCCUCUCAUCUUUCCAAGCCACGAGAAACUAGCAGGUGCCAACCCACAUCUUGUACCCCACUUGAUGGUGGACGUGCCAAAACUGUCUUCCCUCGGCAUAACCAAUCUGAAAAAUACUAAAGCCGAAGAGUUCAGCGGGCAAUGUCUACAAGGACCCAGUUCUGCUAGUCAAAUGCUGUAUGGAUUACAUACAUCUGGAAACAUUUUCCCAUCAAGUCCCAUUGCUCGGGAAGCACUUAAUUGUUCUUUACAUCCUCCAUAUGGCUUGUAUGGUUAUAACUUCUCCAUGCCAUCUAGACUGAUGAACGCAGCAAACCAUUUCAAAGUGAGUGACAGCAUCCCGGCGUCUCUGCGAGAUGGCAGAUGUCACCACUCCAGCUGGCACCCGACCAUUAACCUUUAG